ACACUUUCAUUGUACUUGUCGAUGUCGUCACUCGUUGCCCCCUAUUAUUAGUGAAUUGAUCUUGCACCCAUUGCCCCAUGCCCAAUGACUGUGUCCGAUAAUAUGGGUUUAUUCAGUUCAUGACCUUUUUAUGUCCUGGGUGAGUCUGAGUCAGUUAUGACUUAUGAAUGGCUAUUAGUGGCAUUGUCAAUGGGCGCUGGUAUCACAAUCACUUACCUAUCACUAUCAGUAUAGAAAAUUACAGAUUUUUGAAGCGUACCGACUAGUUUUAGAUCAAUAUAUUGAUAUCGGGCAUUGCUUUCUUGGCUUGGACCGAAGCUCUGAUUGGCAUAAGCACGAACUUCAGCUCAACUUGGUUGGGUGUAUUUUCAGCUGUCAUUUCACCCCAGAGUGUGAUGUUGGGUCAUGAGUGGACAGAGCUCUGCGCCAGAAGGCAGUGACGAGCCGACAGCACCACCACGGCUACAGCAGGCUCAGAAGUGGUGGGAGGCCAUGUGGCGCCCCAACAGUGCCGGUGCACAGUUCUGCUUUUUUCUCUGCUGUGUGUUCUCGGUCUACUCUGCAGUUAGUCGCAGCCCCUUUCUGCUGGCCCCCCUGGUGCCUGCCCAGCCUGCAGCUCCUUUCUUCAGUCAGCAUGACCCAGUGGCGGACUUCUUCACCGGGGACACACCAGCAUUGCUGAAGAGAGCAGCUGCCAGCCAUGCCAGUGUGCUUUUCUUCUAUGCUCCGUGGGACAGUGCCAGUCAGGCUGCUCGGGUUGAGAUCCUACAGGCGGCGCAUGUGCUCAGUGGUCAGGUGGACGUCCUCGCCAUCAACUGCUGGCAUGUUACCGGAGAGUGUCGUAAGAAAAUAAAGAACAUCGCCGCGUUUCCGCUUGUUAUAGUCUCACUCCGGCACGGCCGAGGCGUACAGUACUCUGGUCCGCUGGAGGCCGCCCGCCUGGUUCGGUUCGUUCAGCGUGUGCUGCGGCCGCUCAAACGGCUGGAAACUGCUGCCGAUCUGGCCCUACUGCAGGCUGCUAGCACGACGAUCGCGGUGGGCUACACCCCAUUCGUCGAGGGCCGUCCGCCGGCCUCCUACUUCAGUCUGCUGCGAGCCGCCCUUCUCUCCCUAGAGGAGCGGCCGGGGGCCGACCUGGCCUGGGCAGUGGUCACUAACGCGCGGGCUGCGGCCCGACUGAGGCUCCAUCACCCCGGUGGACUAGCCGUGGUUAAUUGGAAUGGGACUACGGUUUUGAAGCAGCCGCCGAGCGGCGCGCUCACGGCGGAGCUGAUGAAAAGUUAUGCUUUGAUGCGCCGCCGCGAGAUGGCAGGCUGGCUGGAGCUGCCCGACUCCAAGUCCAACACGCUGCGUGUGGUGCUGUCUGGAGGCGCGACGCUGCUGGUUUUUGACCGUCGCAGACCUCUAGCGCCCGCCGCCGAUCUACAGGCGGUCUCAGCGGUUCGCCGAGUGUGGCUGGACUACAACAACUGUAACAGCUCCGAGGCUGUUACCAAGCUGGGAAAGAUCCACCACACCAUCUACAAAACUCUAAUGCGCAAGGAGCAGCAGCAGGUAGCCGCGUGUCUGCGAUGGACGGACAGCGGGCAUGCCCCUGACACAGCCGCAGAGCCAGACAGGACACACGCGGACGGUAGCUCGGGGCAACCCGACAGUGAGGAUAGAGAGCUGAACAGUGGAGAAGGACAGGGCAGUGAGACAGGUGAACAGAGCGGGCAGUCAGAUCAACAAGACCAAACCAGUGAGCCAAGCCAGGAGGAGAGCCUUUCAGGUCAACAGGAGAGUGAUUCUGAUCAGCAGGAAAGCUUGUCGGACCAGCAGGAGGACAGCGACUACCGCGCACAGUCGUCCAAAGCGGCCGGUAGCUCUACCCCACCGAGAGACUUCAUUCAUCCUGAUCCCGGGCUGCGGGACCUGGUGUGGCAGCAGAGUUUGUCCCACUGCCGUGGUCUGCUACUGGACCUACAGCAGCACGGACAGCACGUCCGGGGACAGCGGGAUCAGGAACAGAAGUCUGAGGAGAAAGUGGUUCCUGUCAACAUCACAGGUUUGCAGUGCGCUACCAACCGCACUCUCUCUAUAUACCUGCUGGACUCUGUGCGCCACGCGGCACUCGUACGGAGGCUGGGCCUGACACCGGGCGGCGCUGGAGCCGUCAUACUGGACGCAGAGGCAGAGAGUCAGUACGUGCUAGACGGACCGGUGACUACUGACUCCCUGAGUCAGUUCGUGGCCGACUUCACCGCUGGUCGACUCACGCGGACACUGGUAUCUCGAGCUAGCAUCCUUGAAAGCGAAUGCAGCGGCGACGACGAUGAAAGUUGUCCCUCAUCGGCACCGGAAGCUUCGGUGGAUAGUGGUUUCAGCUCACCGCAUUGGGACUUUGAAACCGUCCCGGCCAGUGAUGGUAAAGAAGACAGUGAUGAUGUAGAAAGGACGUCAGAUCGUGAUAAACCGUCAGCGGCAGAUGAUGCGGCGAGCGACGGAACCUGUGUAAAACCGUCACAGGUGACGUCUAGUGACGUGACAUCACAGUGUGACGUUUCGUCACAUUGUGAUGAUGUGACGGCAAAUGGAGACUUUAGCUCCGAAGGUCUUUGGUCGGAAGCUGUGCGGAGGCCAACUGUUCGACCCCUGGUGGGCCCGACGGAGCUGUCGUCGGAGACGUUUAAACAUGUGGCGCUCAACAGUAGUGAGGACGUGGUGGUCUAUUUCUACUCGGUUGGCUGCGGCCACUGCACUGCGUACUACCACGUGUUUCUGGCCGCCAUGCGGCUGUUUGCCAACUCAGGGCUACGGUUCGCGCGGAUAGAUGGCGCUGCCAACGACCUGCGCUGGGAGUUCUCGCUGGAAACCUUCCCAACAAUUAUGUAUCUUCCUGCGAAAAGGAAAUCCGAGAGCCGUGUGUUCCCGGCGGACCUACCAAUCACCCUCGGGUAUGUACUACGAUUCAUCCUGGCCAACGCUAGCAGCUCAGUCCGACACGCAUUCUUCUACAGCCAAUGCGACGCGGCGUGCCGCGCUACUACAGCUUACAAAACACGCCGACAGGCGGCGCUAGUGCGGCGGCGGCAGCUGAGUGGUGCGCGACGGACACUAACGCGACAUACGGCUGAAUUGGCGCGGCUAAGACGGGCGUUACUUGCCACAGCAAGGACUGAGCUGGAUGAUGUGUGACGUUACGUAUGGAAACGUCUUAUCGCGAUUGGGUGGACGGGGUGACGUUAUUAAAGCGCCUGGCCGUGCAGUGAAGUGAUCCACUGGGGAUAAACAGCGUUGUACACGGAAACAUUCGAAGAACUAUUACCAUCAAUUGAGGCUGACGUCAAAGAUGUGAGAAUGCUGCUAUCAUAGGCAGUGUAACGUCACACAUCACUGUCGUCUGACGUCACUACAACGCGUCACACUCGACACUUCCGUCGGUACCACCAGAUGUCAGCACCUGUCACUCCAGUUCAGGAGACUCGCAUUCCAUACAGGACAGUCUUCCAUCUCAGCCACCAACAGGUUAGCCCCGGCAGCGUACUGAAUCUUUGGACGGCUGGAUACCAAAACUGACUGAAAUUGUUGGACUUUCGGUUGGCUAGCUAACUGCCUAGACGGUUAGUUGGGUAACUGGCCGGCUGGUCUUUUGGCUUGCGAGUAGCUGGCUGGUUAACUGAAUGUUUGGCUAGCUAGCUAGCUGGUUGGCUAGACUUCUGGCUGACUAACUGAUUCAACGUUUGCACAAAGCUGUUCGACUAGCUGGACGUCCAGCCGUACGGCAGUCCACCUUGAGCUUCUUCCAGGCUAGGUACUACCUCAGCGCCCGCUUAUGUCGGGUGCCCAUGGCGGCGCUAGGCGAGGGGAUAUAAGAAAAAGCUUGGCACCUUAUCCAGCUCUUCGCUCGACGGUGUUAUACUAAUGCCAGCCCGGGUUGUAAGCUUGAUUGCAGGCUGUGGCUGGGGGCGAAAACGUGUGUUCCUUCGGUGUUUGCUGGGCAUUGAAUUGAACGAUAUUACCACCGGUUAUGUGUGUUUGAGGAUCUUGCCGUCCAGUUCCACUUGGGCCUGGCCUGUGGGAGUCAUUUUGACGCUAAUUCCGAUCGGGUUGUGUGCGAAGGGAAGGUCUGACGGUUUGUAAAGCGGACCAAGCGUGUCUUGUCAGCCUGGUGUGCUGGUGUUAGCGGUUUUUGAGCUCGAAGGAUGCGCGCUUAAAGGCGAGUGAAUUUGUGAAUGUUGGGUAUUGUGGGCACCGGGUUUGAGUCUGGCCAAAACAGCACUGAAGUGACAAGGUGGCGGGUGUGGUCACCGGAUUGUGCCGGGUGUUAUUUCCCAACACUGGCUCGGGCACCGCGAUGGGUGUUCUCAUGAGAGUUUCGUGGUUGAAUUUGAUCACAGAUCGACACAGGGAUGCGGUGGGGUACGUGUUAACUGGAGGCACUUCUGUGAUAUCUACCACAGGCACGUAUUUUUCACACCAUGGCACAGUGUUGUUGACUGGUUAGUUUUGAGUUUGUGGGGCUAACACUUUUCAGGAUGCUUCGUUAUAUCAAUAUCGGCUUUCCUCUAGCAGGGAAGAUAUAGGCUUUCCGCUAGAAUGGAAGCUACCGGCUUUUACUUAGCAGGGAAGAUAUCGGCUCUUCUCUAGCUGGGAAGAGACUAGUUUUGUGCCGAGUUUUGCCAGUUCAUCGGCCAGCGAUGCGAACGAAUAUGUGACGGGGCGAGCUCAGGUUUUGCCUUUGGUAUCUAUUAUCGCAUCGAUCUGAUGUGGGCUAUUUCUGGCGAUAUUUGGGGUUUCCAAGGGCAUUUGCCUGCCACGAACUACGGUGGUAGGCCUACUUAUGGGUGGCUAAUGAUUUGUUAAGUUAUUUACGAAGACAUUUAUAUUAUUUCUGUGACUGAUAUGGAUUGUUUGGUAUAUAAUAAAUGUUCACAAUGCAUUUUA